AUGUGGAAGCAGGAAGGAACGGACAGUAGAAAUCGAGGGCUUCCCUCGGGAAACCAGCAGGCUUUCCGCAGCCUCCGGGAUUCCCUUCACUCUCCUCGGAUCCCUCAGUGCACCAGGGAGGGUGAGCUUGGAACAGACUGUCAAGAAUCGCCCUCCUGCCUCGCCCCAGUGGUCUCCUCCCAGGGUGGCUUCCUGCGUGCCCUGGACAGCGCAAUACCAAGGGCCAGGGAAUGCGCAUCUCUGCACCGAAAAUGCAGCAGAGCCCACGUAGAGCCCCAAGUGCACAACCAGACAUGCACAGUACAAUCACAAACAGGCAUUACUCCCAGGGCUCGCCCGCACGCCGCCCUGCCCUGUGGCCCCGGCGACGGGGACCCCGACGCCGUUCAGUCCCGCGGAUCUCCCCGGACGCCGGCCGACUGCACCUGGGCCCGGUUCUGUGUUCAAGGCUGCGCAGCCUUCUCUGCACCCGUCGUCGGGAGUGGGGGUGUUGACCUUUCCCCGCUUCCCCAGGAAUCUCCUCCGGGCUGUCACCUCCCGAGAUGUCACAUGUCCCCAGGAACAGAUGUUGUCAUUGUAAAAAAUGGAAGAAGAAUAUGUGGAACAGGAGGUUGUUUAGCCAGUGCACCUUUACAUCAAAACAAAAGCUACUUUGAAUUCAAAAUCCAGUCCACAGGAAUCUGGGGUAUUGGCGUUGCAACUCAGAAAGUUAACUUGAAUCAGAUUCCUCUUGGCCGAGAUGUGCACAGUCUGGUGAUGAGAAAUGAUGGAGCUCUGUACCACAACAAUGAAGAGAAAAAUAGGCUUCCAGCCAACAGCCUUCCACAGGAGGGAGACGUGGUGGGUAUUACAUAUGACCAUGUAGAAUUAAAUGUAUAUUUGAAUGGAAAAAACAUGCAUUGUCCGGCAUCAGGUAUACGAGGGACAGUGUAUCCAGUUGUUUAUGUUGAUGACAGCGCAAUUUUGGAUUGCCAGUUUAGUGAAUUUUAUCAUACUCCUCCACCAGGUUUUGAAAAAAUAUUAUUUGAACAGCAAAUCUUCUGAAUGUGUUCGUUUUUAAAACUUGUAUCUCUGCACUGUUAAAAGUGUUUACCAUUUAAUAAAGCUUUACGUGACCUAUAGAUGAAAAUAUAUUCUUAAAAAUAUGCUUGCUAAUGUUGUCUAAGUAACCAGUAUAUUCAGUAUACCACCCGAAAGUUGAGAUUUAAAGUACUUAUGUUUUAUGAUAUGAGAAUCAGCAUUUUGGUCAGUUUAUUUAAUUCUUAUUUAAAUAAAUAUAACUAUGGGUUUGAUUAACAGUAUUACAUGGCGGUAUGUAUAUAGGUACUUAAAAGGGAAUCUUUCUUACAUAAAAUAUUUGUUUUGAUAGACAUGUAGAGUUGGGUGGGGUUUUUUUGUCGUUCUGAAGUUUCGACCUUAUUAACUAUUUUAAGUCUGCAGUCCAAUAGUUUUGUGUCUCAGUGUCCUUUUUUAUAUGCAG